AUGGUUCUUCACGAGUACACCUACGUCUUCGCCAUCGGCACGUGCUUCGCCCUGCUCGAGGCCUACAACAACGGUGCCAGCAGAGCGCUAACGAGCUACUCUCAAGACGAUGUCGCCAACGCUUGGGCGACCUCCGUGUCGUCCCGUUCCGUCACCUACUCGCCAGGCCAUGCUCCUGUGCGGCGGUUCCGGCCUCGGUGCCAUUUUCGCCGGUCUCGCCAUGGCCCCCGCCAUCUCCGCCUCUUCGCUGCCACCAUCUUCAUGCUGGUCAAGCUGACUGUCCACCUCCGCACCAACCCCGUGCCCUGGGCCGUCUGGACCUCUCCCUUCUUCUUCCUCAUCGCCGGUACCAUCUGUACCCUGUCGAUCGUUUACAAGGGUUCUCCUCGUCUUGGCCUCGCCAAGAAGCCCCCUUCGUUCAUUGCCGGUGUCUCGCUCGGCACUGGUUUCGCUCUGGCUCUCCUUUCUGCCCUCUUCUUCGUUCCCUACGUCCACGCCAAGGUCAUCAAGAAGGACAACACCCUUCGCUGGUACAACGUCUUCCAGGGCCCCCUCCUCUUCCGUCGCCCGGCCCCUCCCGGUGCUGAGUUCGCUGAUGUUCCUGACUACGCUGUCAUGAAGCACGGCGGGGACGAUGAUGAUGAGGAGAACCAGGACGGUCCCGAGCAGGGCAUCAAGGGCGAUGUCAUCAACGACAAGUCCAGCGCCAACGACAAGUCCAGCGCCGACGACAUCACCGCCUCCAUCCCCGCCGAGAAGCACCAGGCUGUCGCCCGCGACAACGAGAAGGCUCUCAUGUACAACGAGACGCCCCAGGAAGCCUACAAGCGUCUCUUGAAGCGUGCCCGCGAGCGCCACCACGCCUCCCUUCGCAAGCAGCGUGGUCCCCUCGGCUGGGCCAUGCGUCUUCUCCACAACAACCCCAUGGGCGCCGGUUCCGUCUACGAGCUCCACAACCUCAAGGCCAUCUGCGUCCGCCUGCCCGCUCAGAUCGUUGUCGCCCUCACCUACGGUAUCAGCUACGACAUCCACAAGGCCCAGGUCGGUGUCCUCGGCACCCCUGAGGGUCGCCGUAUGGACCGCGUUUACAAGCACGCUCCCAAGUACGCCAACGAGGUCGAGCACCUGUACUCCUUCGUCCAAGUUAUUACUGCCUGUACCGCCUCUUUCGCUCACGGUGCCAACGACGUCGGCAACGCCGUCGGUGUCUGGGCCGGCAUGUACGCUGCCUGGAGCACUGGCAAGACCGCCGCUUCCAAGGAGCCCGUUCCUCUGUGGCAGAUUGCCGUCGUCGCUCUCACCAUUUGCCUCGGCUUCAUCACCUACGGUUACAACAUCAUGAAGGUCAUGGGCAACAAGAUCACCUACCACUCCCCCUCGCGUGGCUCCUCCAUGGAGAUGGGUGCUGCCAUCACCAUUCUCAUCUUCUCCCAGUACUCUCUGCCCGUCUCCACCUCCAUGUGCAUCACCGGCGCCACUGUCGGCGUCGGUCUGUGCAACGGCACCUUCAAGGCUGUCAACUGGCAGCGUGUUGGCCUCCUCAUGUUCUCCUGGAUCAUGACCAUCCCCAUCGCCGGCGCCAUCGGCGGUCUCCUGAUGGCUCUCGCCGUCAACACGCCCAGCUUUGCUUAG